CAAAAUAUUAUUAAUGAACUAGGAUUGUGAAAGGUGUUAUUAAAGAUAUUUUAGUAAUUUGAGCAACAUCUGUGAUUAUAAAAACCCAAUCUAGUAUGAAAGACAUAAAGAAAAAUCCCAGAAGCAAAACCAUAGCUUUUAUAUACGUACUUGUUUUCAUUUCCACCCUAAUCCAUUUUAAGGAUUAUGGGGCAUUUUCCCCACAUCUUUUAUACUGUUCAAAGAAAUUAACCGGACAUUUGUUCCACAACGUUUUGGCCAUACUCGCUGCUCAUCUAGCAGCAUCGCCGCACUCCGACCUCUCUUCUCCGCCGAUCAUUGAGCCAUGGUGCGUCUCUGCUCAGACCGCCGCCUCCCUUGGCGGUUCCUUGACUAUCAUCGACGAACGCACUAGGAAGAAGUACCACGUCCCUGUCUCCGCAGAAGGCACCGUUAAAGCGGUUGAUUUGAAGAAGAUAACGACCGGGAAGGAUGACAAGGGUCUCAAGGUGUAUGACCCUGGUUAUUUGAACACAGCUCCUAUGGGCAACAAGGGUGCUUUCAUUCGUUUUGAAGCUCCGGAUUUGAAGCCAAACAUUGUUACAUUCUCGGCGGUGUUGAGCACCUUUGCAUUCCUCAUCCUGAUGUCAAGCCAAUGGCAUAUGCAAACAACUUUCUUCGGUUGUUCCAAUAACUUACAUAUUUGUCUUGAAUGAUCUAUCUUCUAUGGUUUGGGGGAUACAAAAGCUCAACUGCUAAACAGUAAGUUGCUUGAGAUAGAGAAAUAGUGGUUGUCGACAAUGCUGCUUUGACUAAUAGUUUUUCCUUUCAAGGAAUCCCUUGGAGGUACAUUCCUUCUACUACUUUUCGUUAGUUAGGAAGAAGUUCAGGCAUUUCGUUCAUUGUUGAAAUUUUCCUUUGAUGUCAAUCAGAAACGAAGCUGAUGGUGCCUUGUAAAAUGUAUGAUCCCUUUUAUCUUUGUGUCUAUAACAUGUGUUCCUAUUUAUCCGAACAAUAAAUUUGGUGCGUUUCUAUGUUCGGUAUGUGGAUUAUUCUUGCUUAAGUUUUAUAUUGCUGCUGCUUUGAUGGUGAGGGAUAGAAAUCUUGUCCCCAUUCCUUAUAAAGUUUACGGUGCCCC